GAACUUUCUAAAAUUUUGCUAUAAAUUAGCAAAUCAAUUUGAAAUUAAACAUAGUACUUUUGUUGAACUAAACUAAGUAACAUCUCAAUUUAUAAAAAUGGAUUUCGCCACCGCCUGUGAAAAAGCCAAGUCUUUCACCAAGACUCCCCCCAAUGAUGUCUUCUUGGAAUUCUAUGGUCUCUUCAAACAGGUCACCGCUGGUGAUUGCAAUGUCCAAAAGCCCAGUGCUGUUGACUUGAAGGGCUCUGCCAAAUGGACUGCCUGGAAUGCCAACAAAGGCAUGAGCCAAGAUGCUGCCAAGGCUGCCUAUAUUGCUGCUUACGAAAAAUAUGCUCCUCUAUAUGCUUAAGGCGUUUUAGAAGUUCUUGUCACAAUUGAUCCAUCUCCCUCUUUUUAUAAUGUAAAAUAAAUUAUUGUUAAAUUAAAUUAAUAAAUUUAAUGAUUAUUGUUAAAACUAAA